GCAACAACUCUGACAUCACGAGACUGAUAAAAAGUAUUAGCGAACCAGGAAAGGCUGUGGCGAUCGAUGGAUUCAUGAAUCUGGUUGACGUUACGCAUAUAUUUACCCCAUCUGACAUGGAAUUCACUUCCACCAUUUUCAAUGGAUGCCAGACGAUGCCUGUUCAGUGCUAGAAUAAUGGCUAGUGAAGAAAUUCAAGCGAUUUCUGUCACAGAUGUUUAUGAUCAAGCGGCAGGUAUCGCUCACGAAUUCGAUAAACUUAUUCAAAAUUAUGGAAAUGAUUCUGUGACUGAGCUGAUGCCCAGAGUAAUUCGAUCACUUGAACAACUGGAAACUUUAGCAUCCCGGUAUGAGAGAGACCUCGAGGAAAUAAAUCAGCUGCGAUAUAAAGUUGAAAAACUUGAGGCAGAAAAAACAGAGAAAGCUCAAGAACGAGCCAAAUUUGAUCAGGAUUUGGAAGCCAUAGAAGAAAAUUGGCAGUCAGAAGUGAAAGAACUUCUUGGUGUUGUUAGCAGGCUACAGGAAGAAAACAAACGGUUGAAGGAAAAUGCUCGAACAGAGAAGCAUGCGGUUGUUGCUGAGUUUACAGCCAAACGACAAGAAACUGAAGAAGAGGAGAUCAAAGUCUUGACAAAAUUGAAAGAAACAGUAGACAAACAAAGGGAGGAAAUCAGAACAAUGAAAAGAGAACUAAGUCAAAAAGGAGUUGAUUGUGAUGCUCUCCAAGCUCAGCUUGAACGAAUUGCUAAAGUCAAUGCAGACUUGAGGCGCAAGAACACAAGCCACAAGAAACAAGCCAGGGUUUUGUUGGAGGAGAAAGUGGAUCUGGAGUCACAGCUGCACACUAAAGACGCAGAGGUGGAGCACAUAAAGAAACUCAUGGUGGAGCAGGAGAAGUAUGAUGAGCAGCGAGCGGCUGUUAAAGCCGUGGUGGAGGCCAGUAAAAGUAUUGAGGAAGAAGAGGAGCAACGUGAAGCCGCUGACGGUGAACCGAUUCAACAACAGAUUGUCAAAGCCACAACCGUCACCUCCUCAACAGAAACAGAUGUCUCCCAUGUGUUAAGUCCAGGUAGUCCAACCUCAGGGUUUGACCUUGAAGGUAAACUGGUCAUAGAUCUUAAAGAUCCUAACAGGCCCAGGUUUACCUUACAAGAAUUGAGACAGGUUUUAAUGGAGAGAAAUGAACUGAAGACAAGACUUAUAGAAGUGGAGGAUGAACUGGCGCAUUACAAGCCCAGAGAGGACCCUAAUGCCCAACCUGAUGGAAAAGAUGAAGAUGAAUCAAAGAAAAAACGCUCUAAAAAACUAAACCCAUUUUCAGUGAGUUUUAGAAGAUCUUCCUACACCGGUGAGGAAGUUUUGGUCUAUGGGCCAAUCAAUAAAGAGCCUGAUGAAAAAACUGGAGUUAAGCGAGAAUCUGGAAUAAGAAAAUUCUUUCAGCAACUUCUUGACAAUCUGCCUAUCCAGCUGGAUAUAUGACUGAAAUGAGCCUAGACUUUUGGUUUUUUGUUUUCGGAUGGUUCGAACCCGGAGAAGAGUGCGCAGCGGAGGAAGAAUACAUUCAGACCAUAAACCCUUGUGUCUGCCAAGCAGCAUCCAGACAUUCCCAGUUAUUUUCUUCCAGAGAGUUCAAUACGGGUCACCUGACAGAGAGAUCAUUUUUAACCAAUCACACACAUCACGGUACAGAUUCGCAUUUGGAUCAAAACAGCGAUAGUGAUAGCAGCUCAUCAGCUCACUUGUUAGAGUUAAGUUUUCCUGUUGCUAUGUGGGAAGCUCCAGACCUUUAAUUGAUUCUGUAGAGUGGAGAGGUAGCCGUCUGGCAUCAUCUGAAAUCAUGGGAUGGAUAGAGGGGUAGAUGUGCAUGAUGUAAAUGCUACUUCAAGCUGAACUUGGUUCCUGAUAUCCUGUGCCAGUUGCCAAAACUUUCCUCUCGGUCUUUAGUUAAAUAGUCUGCUCAAAUCAUUCCUAACAAAAACAUAAUCAUAACAUUUGUUUGAGGGCAUAUGAAUUUAAAUUUUUUUUAAAGAAUUAUUUUAAAAUCUUAUUCAUAAAAAAAUUGUUAAUCACACAACUAUUGUAAAUAUUGUUGAGUGUUUAACUUAACAUUUUAUUUCAAGAAUUGAAGAUAAUGAUCACUAUCUGUUCAAAUGAAUCAAUCACAAAGCAAACACUGUAUACUAAAUAAUUUUAAUAACUUGAACAUUUGUUUAAAAUUAAGAAUCAUGAAAAUAAGAAAUUAAAAAAAUGAUGUUCUUAAUUUUAAAUUAAAGCAACGGUUAUGAAGGUAGUCACAAUUCACACAACAUAAGCUGUUUAGGUAUAUAUUUUGGGCUUAAAUUGGGUUGAACAUACAUAAUUACUAGUACUUAAAAAGUUCCGUCUAUAAUUCUCUAGUCAAUUUUUAACAAAUAGAAAUGUUCUACAGCAAAUCACGAUUUUGAAAUGAUUUAAUAAUUUACAUAAUUUUCUUACAAAUUCUCUCCGCUCAUUAAUUAAUUAAUUAGAAAUUGUAUCUCUAUUAAAAUUUGCGUUAUGGAGAUUCUUUUUUUUAAAAAUAAAUCUGAAAGAAAUAAACAUAAUUUUGGUUAAUAAUUAAAUCACAAUGCAUUGUUUACUUAAUUAAACUGUGCUUGAUAGUGUUUGAAUUUACAGGAAUCUGUCAUUCUGAAGAUUAAAAUAGACUAAUCAAAAUUUACUAUACAGAUUUGUCAAAUCAAAGCUAUUGCUUAUAAAAAUUAUUUUAAAAUAAGUCCUGGUAUGGGUUUUUUAACAAGUGAUUCAGUAUCAAUUGUACAUAAUUUUUAAAAUCGAACAAUGGAUGUUAAGAAAGGGAAACAUGAAUGUUUUUUUCCUCCGCUUAAAGAAUACCCUGUUAUGUAUGUUAAAUUAUUUUUUAAAAAGAUGAAAUUUACACAUCACUGCUUCCCAAACUUUUUGAAACAGCCGGAAAAUACAGUAAUGAAAGUAUGGAUAAAGAGCUGUAUUGAGAAGUUAGCAAAUUUGUUUGCAGAUUUGUUGAAACUGUAAACAACAGUUUGGGAAUCAUGGACAAUUGUUUCAGCUCUGUAUCUAAUGUUGUGAUGGUCCAGUCUCAGCAGUUAUUGCUUUUAAUAUUUAUUAUGCAUAUGCAGUUGUUUUUUUUUCUUUCAAAAUAUGUAUUGACUAUUUUGAAGAUGUUUUUUUAACUUGAGUUUGAUAACUUAUUUUGUACGGCAAAUUGUGUGAACAAAUGUGAGCAUUCUAUAAGGAAUGUAAAAACUGUUUUUAAAAGUGAUGUUUUCUGUGUUUAGCUGAUGCUGUCUAGAUUCUUUUCUUUGAUCACUAAGUGUCAUCAAAUUUUCAACAAAAAAUUUUUUUCCCAAAAACAUUUUUUUUUCUGUAUAUUUAAAAAAAAUGUAAGUAAAAAUGUAUGUUUAUCAAAGCUAAAAGCAGUUUUAAUGUUUUGAAAGUAUUUUUGUUUUUUAAUGUAGUUGAUCAGAGAAGCAUUUAAUGUGAAUUUAGUUUUUUAUCUUUAUCUGGCCAGAUUUUUGCAUUUUUUUUAUUUUUAAUACUGUUAUAGAACUAUUUUCAUCUACAAACCUUUAAUUUGCAUAAUGCUUAUCCUAAAGUGUCAUAAUAUACAGCCCAUUAAUGAGCUUCAAUAGGAACAAUACACUCAUUUGUAUUUUUUUUUUUUUUUGCAAUAAAGGCCAAAUUGUAAAAAAUGUUUUUAAAUACAUGAUUUUAAUUUUUUUUUAUAUUGUAAUAUUUUAAAUAUUUGGUUUUAAUUGUCCUUUGUUAACACAGUUAUCUUAUAAAUUGUUUUUAAAAUUUAGUAAAAUAACUUAGCAAACAUUUUACUCCUAUUUUCUACUACAUAGCAUGAUUAAUGUUUCAAAAAAAUUUUUUUCAUUUUCCGACUGCUAAAAAUAAUACUGAUAAAAAUUCAAUUUUUCUUGAUAAAAUUGAUCCACCAAUACUAGUUCAGAUUCUCUAAUGCCUCAGUCCCACCAGUCAACUCAUAACCCUCAACUAAGACUGUUAUUUCCUAUUUAAUUUCAGAAAUCUCAUCACCAAAAAAAUUAUAGUAUUAUAGCUAUUAAAAAUCCUUUAUUGUUGGCUUUUCUGUUAUCAAAUUCACGUUAAAAUUAGCUUUUUUUUGCUUGAAAAUGAACAUGCUUGUGUUGAUGUAAUGUUUGUUUCAUGUGAAAUAAAAAUCGUGGCUGUGAACUGGCAACUGCUGGUCAGGUUGAUCUUAUUGUUUAAAACAGCAUUUGAUUGUUUUAUGUACAUUUUUUUAAAGCCAUAAUUUGUUUCUCACACUUGUUUUUGUCCCCUCUUUCUCACCAUUGCCAUAUGCCAGUUAAAACUUAUGUAGACAUGUAAAUUUUAUCUGGUUGCUCAAAAAGUUUUUUUUUUAUAACACAUAAAAAAACAGUCAAUGGAUAGGAAAAACAUACAGUGGCUUAAUAUAAAAAUUUGUUUUGGGAAAAUAUAUUUGCUAUGGUUCUAUUUAAUUUUAGCUAUCAUUUUAUUUAUUUUAGCAAUCAUGUUCUAUUCCUUGCGAUAAGUAUAAAAAAUGUGGAUACACUUUUACCUCAUAAUGUGAGGGGUUUAGUUUUUACUUUGAAAGCCAUCCCUAAAAAUAUAAAAUAUUUUAAUACAAAUCCUCUGUGGCUUUGGGCAAGAGUGUGGAGUUUUUGGAAAGUUGUGAACAUUUUUACUUAUGAGGUUUGUUUGUAAUAAAUUUUAUUCAAGUGUGCUGGUGUAAUUAAGCACAUAACUAUAUUAAUAGCAGGUUUUUCUCUUCCCAUAAUGCCAUAAUGUGGUUUUUAUAUUUCUGAAAAAAUAAUGUACUCUUUCUUUGGGUUUCAAAAUUUUUGUCAAUCCUUAAAACAUAAGCUACUUGUAGCAAUUUGACACUUGGUAAUAUCUAUUAUUUUAUACGUUGUAUUUUUUAAUAUACAUAGACAUUUCAUAAUAGUGGUGAUAAAAAUAUAGCCAUAUUAUACAGUUUUGUGCCAUUUUCAAGUGGACAAAGUGCUAAAAAUAAACUAUUUUGUAAAAAUUG